CAAAAAUGUCCGACAUCAACGUCCUCACAGGCCCCGAGGUUGCAAAGCACAACAGCAGAGAGAGCUGCUGGAUUAUUGUCCACGGCAAGGUGUAUGAUGUCACCGAUUUCCUCGACGAACACCCCGGUGGUAGUCGGAUUAUAUUGAAGUACGCCGGUCAAGACGCGACCGAGGCAUACGAGCCUAUUCACCCGCCAGAUGCUAUUACGACCAACCUGCCGGUCAGCAAACACUUGGGCGUAAUCGAUGCCAGCACAGUGGUAAAAGCGGUCAAGGAGGUUACCGAGGAAGAAAAGGCGCGGCAGGCCGCACUCGCCGCUCGUCCGCCGCUGGACAACAUCCUGAACAUGCACGACUUUGAGGUUAUUGCUAGGGCCGUGAUUCCGGAGAAGGCAUGGGCUUACUACUCGUCGGGCUCAGAUGACGAGAUUACCAUUCGCGAGAACCGAACAGCGUUCCAACGGAUAUGGUUCCGCCCACGUAUUCUCCGGGACGUUUCUGUCGUCGACUGGUCAUCAACCAUCCUGGGUCACAAGUCUUCUCUCCCUCUGUACAUCUCUGCAACGGCCCUCGGAAAGCUCGGUCACCCAGAUGGCGAGCUCUGCGUCACACGCGCCGCCGCAAAGCACGGCGUCAUCCAAAUGAUCGCGACCCUCGCCUCAUGCUCCUUCGACGACAUCAUCAACGCCGAGGCGAACGGACAGACGUUCUUCCUCCAGCUCUACGUCAACCGCGACCGUGAGAUCACUCGGAAGUACGUCCAGCACGCCGAGGCGCGUGGCGUCAAAGGCCUCUUCAUCACGGUCGAUGCCCCGCAGCUCGGCCGGCGCGAGAAGGACAUGCGCAUGAAGCAGGUCGACGACGGCGCGGGUGCAGAAGUGCAGAAGGGGCAAGACGUCAAGAAGGACCAGGGUGUCGCGAGAGCCAUUAGCUCGUUCAUCGACCCAAGCCUCUCAUGGAAGGACAUCCCCUGGUUCAAGAGCAUCACCAAAAUGCCCAUCAUCCUCAAAGGCAUCUCGACCGCCGAGGACGCGAUCCUCGCAUACGAGGCCGGCGUGCAGGGCAUCGUGCUCUCCAACCACGGCGGCCGGCAGCUCGACACCGCGCGCUCGGGCGUCGAAGUCCUCGUCGAGGUCGUCGCCGCGCUCCGCGCGCGAGGCCACCACCCGGACCCGAACUUCGAGAUCUACGUCGACGGCGGCGUGCGCCGCGCGAGCGACGUCCUCAAGGCGCUCGCCCUCGGUGCGAAGGCCGUUGGCGUCGGGCGCGCGUUCCUCUAUGCGUUCUGCGCGUACGGCGAGGCGGGCGUCGAGCGGGCCAUACAGAUCUUCCGGGACGAAUUCGAGAUGAACAUGCGUCUUCUUGGUGUGCGCACCAUCGAUGAGCUCCGGCCGGAGAUGGUGGACGCCGCCGCGCUCAACCAGCACAUCGUGUCCGUGCCACAAGAUAACCUCUUCCAGCAGACUUAUCAGCCAUUACAAAUUACCAAACUCAAGCUGUGAGCAUUAUUGUUAGAGGGAUUUCCAUUGUCUCCGAGUUGUCUGUGCUUUGUCCACUGUCUGUCUCAUUUCAACCGUGUAUACCUUGCAUGUAUUUCCAUUUUACGAACCAAUUUCUCGCUAUGAUCCAUAGAAGAGAGCAGCAUCGAAUAGAAUAUAUCAGAUGAU